CUUCCACGUGGAUGGAUGACUCAACGUCGCGCUAUCUCCUCCUCUGAAUGAUUUGGACAUAUCAACGCAGAUCGGUUCAUCGACAGUCAAGGUCUGGUUAUACGAGGAGUACGAUGACAGAGUUCUGGAAGGAGCACAGCCGGCAGGCCACGGUUGAGGAAAUGAUGUUGGACUCUCAUGCCCAGGAGCUGACCCAGCAUGAACUGCCUGAGAUCCUCUCCCUGCUGCCCAGCCUUUCCGGCCAGAGGGUCCUGGAGCUGGGCGCCGGGAUCGGUAGAUACACCAGCCACCUGUACCAGGCCAGUCACGUGACAGCGGUCGACUUUAUGGAGAGCUUCGUGGAGAAGAACAGACAGGACAACAGUCACCAUGGCAACGCUCUCCUCCAGGCAGACGUCACCAAGCUAGACUUCCCCAAAAACAGUGACUGUAAGAGGUCUUCCCUUCUUCAGAUGAAGAACAACCAGAACCAGGUGUGUUGGCUGCUGGAGAAGGUGGGUCGGGACACCGCCUGUCAAGAAGGCUUCAGAACCUUCCAGCAGUUUCUGGACAACCAGCAGUACACACGCAACGGCAUCCUGCGAUACGAGAAGAUGUUUGGGGCAGGAUACGUCAGCACUGGCGGACCCAGCACUACCAAGGAGUUUGUGGAGCUGCUGAACUUGAAGCCUGGGAUGAAGGUGCUGGAUGURGGGUGUGGCAUCGGUGGCGGAAACUUCUACAUGGCRAAGGCCUUCGGCGUGGAGGUGCUGGGCCUGGACCUUUCAGCCAACAUGGUGGAUAUCGCCAUAGAGAGGGCCAUGGAGGAGAACCUUCCAUCGGUCCAUUUCGAGGUGGCUGACGCCACUAAGAGAGAGUUCCCAGAAGGGUCGUUUGAUGUGGUCUACAGUCGAGACACCAUCCUGCACAUCGACGACAAAUUGGCACUGUUCAAACGCUUCCAUUCGUGGCUGAAGCCCGGUGGCCAGGUUCUGAUCACUGACUACUGCUGUGGAGAGAAGCCCUGGACUCCUCAGUUCCAGGAGUAUGUCAAACAGAGAGGUUACAUUCUCUACACCCCACCACAGUACGGCAAGUUCCUACAACAGGCAGGUUUCUCUAACGUACGUGCCGAGGACAGGACAGCGCAGUUCAUGCAGGUGAUCCAGACAGAGCUGGAGAGAGCAGCAGCCAUGAAAAACGAGUUCAUUAAGGAGUUCUCAGAGGAAGACUACCUGGCAAUAGUCAACGGCUGGAGCGACAAACUAAAACGCUGCAACACUGGGGACCAACGCUGGGGCCUAUUCCACGCAACAAGGAACUGAGAGAGACAAAGAGAGAGAGGAGAGAGAAAGGAGAGAGAGAGGAGAGAAAGAGAGGAGAGGAGAGAACGAGAAGAGAGCGAGAGGAGAGAGAGAGAGGAGAGAGAGAGGAGAGAAAGAGAGAGAAGUAUCCCUUCAGGAGGGAGGGUUCAGUGCCUGGUCCCAGCUCUACUGCUAACAGAUCAACUAGAGGAGCUUACUAGACAUCAGUACCCUCUAAUCUGAGAUGACCUUGUGGCACGUACAGAUUGUGAAGUAUUUGAUAAAUCGUUGUUAUCCAGGGAGCAGUCUUAACUGGUGUCUUUGGUUUGAAAGGCGAAAAUGAUCUUUUUACCAAACKAAAUUUUAUUAGACGUUUUCACUUUGUGUAAAUUUGACCAAACUAUUGUUUUGUUAUCAAAUGUGAAUGUGCAUCAUUUCCCAGUCUGUACUAUCAACAUACCAUAGUUUGAUAAGUUUUACAAAUAAAAUUUUGAAAACACUCUGUUGCCCAGGCUUGAA